AUGCUGAUUUCAGGCGAAUGUCAUUUGGAUGAAAUAACUUUUAAAGCUGACAAGGGCGUCUUUUUGGAGGGGCGCGUAAUGCCUGCAGUUGAAGGUGUUGAAAUCCGAUCAUCACACAGCAAAGAUCCGAAUGUCAUUCUUAAAGGAGUGACUGAUUCUUCCGGUAAAUACAGGAUGGGACCAGUACGAAAUAUUGAAGAUUUUGAUAUUAUUGCGGAAAAAAAUGGAUAUAAAUUCGAGAAAACCGACGAACUUGGAGUGCUCCGAGCCAUAAAACUUUCACAGUUGAUCCGUCCGGGCGAAUAUUUUUUGCGACCUAUUCUACAGGAGUAUCAAUUUGAGCCAAAAUCUUUAACGAUAAAUAUCAACGAAGGUGAACUUGAAACAGUUAGCUUGAAAGGGCAUCGAUUCGCAUACAGGUAUUUUAGCACAUUUGAAUAA